AUGUCGUGCGAAGCGUGCCGUACCAUCCCACCCGUCAUCCCCCAGGGAUACUCGCCCAAAGGCAACUACCAAACAAUUGCCGGGCUCAAAACCUAUGUCACCGGCGACCCCAAUGCGAGCAUCGGUCUGGUAGACAUUUAUGAUGUCUUUGGGCUGGCGAGCCAGACCCUCCAGGGUGCCGAUCUCUUGGCAAUGAGACUAAAUGCCAUCGUCUUGAUCCCGGACUUCUUCGAGGGCGAUGCGCUCAAACACGAAUACAUCCCCGCCGACACCGAGGAGAAGCAAAAGAUCAUCUCCGAGUUCCUGGCCCACAAGGCUAAUUUGUCACGGAACGUUGGCGUUUUAUUGGAUGCGGUCCCCCAGUACAAAAUGAAUUUUCCGGCGGCCCGCAGCUGGGGUGCCUUUGGGUUGUGCUGGGGCGGAAAGCUGACAGUUCUGUCAUCGGGCCCGAACACCCCGUUCACAGCAUCGGGACAGGUUCAUCCCGGGAGAAUGGAAGCUGCGGAUGCAAACUCACUGUCUAUCCCUCACAUUGUUCUGGCAUCCAAGGACGAACCCGCGGAUGCAGUGGCCGCUUACAGGGAGACAAUUGCGAGCAACGGAAGGGGCGGACUUGUCGAAACAUACGCUACCAUGUGGCACGGCUGGAUGGGUGCUCGGGCGAACUUGGACAAUCAAGAGAGCCGAAACGAGUAUACGCGCGGGUAUAGUCAGCUGGCAGACUUCUUCGAGAGGCACUUGCGCUAG